GACGUGAGCGUCGGGCAACGGCCGUAACCAUACCAAUGCUCAGCCUGAGGCAGCAGCUUAACAUGCUCUUCCCAUCCAGUUUGAUCGGGAGUUCGCGCGCAUAUCCUGCCGGAGAUCCGUCAAGGGCCAAUAAACAUACGUAUGGCGCAUCCCACUCUUCCCUCUCCUUCUUGGCAAGGACGGCGUUCCUAGACUGCAUGCUCCAAGUUGUCACGGUCCGUAACGCGGGGCCUGGGUGGGCAGAAAAAGCAACAGCCCUUCCUCUGACCUCAAUCCUUAUUGUACCACCGCAGCAAAAGGAAUGAAACCAUGAAUAGCGCUCAAACCAUCCGGAAUGUUCCCCGGUAGUGCGCCUCUCUCAUGCCUUAGUAUCAAAGGAAAGCCA